AUGCAUCGGCCGCAACUUGGGCACCAUAAUCCUGCUCCUAUUGCAGCUGUCUUUGAAUCAGCUGCUAUAACCGCCGCCGAUGAUGCGCAUGAUGGGCUUUGUGCCUCUAGUGAUUGGGAAACUGACGAUCCCAUAUGGCCUGCCUUCAAUCCUCCAGACUGUGAUGUCAUUCCUGAUUUCUUUUCAGACGCUGUAGAGGAAAAUGAGAAUGGAGCCUCGGUGAUGGAUACUGCACAGACUAUAUCAGCCUCUCUCGACACACCAGCUGAAAUCUUCUCAGAGAGACAGAUGCAUUGCUUAGGUAAAGGACAUACAAGCCCGGAUGUUGGGGCCUCAUCGAGGGUCAGACCUAAAUUGAACACUUUGCAUUCUGCUCCGUUAUCAGAUGAAUCUAUCUGGUGGGCGUCGACCACCGAAACAUCGCCAUCUCAUUCUAUCAGCUUGUCCGCAGCCAGCCCCACAAGAACGUGUUUGGCCAGCCCAUUUAACAGUAUAGAGCUAAGCGGUCAGCGCACAGCACACACUCAUGCUCUAUCUUACUCGCACCCCUUUCCGUCCUCUUGUGUUACUUUAUCAAAAUCUUCCUCAUCUUGCUCCUCAUCGGCUUCUUCUUCUGCUUCGCUUGCCUUCUCCAUUCGGCCAGAUCAGCAAGUGUACCGUACUGUGAUAUCCAAUAGGCAGCGCCAUGUUGAGACUCAGUUACGCCAUUUGCCUAUCAUUCCAAGUCGUUGCUCUCAGUCAAGACCUGCAAACUCCAUAGCCGAGCCAAUUAUUCCUAUCUCCUCCCAUCUCAGUAGAGAAGCCUCAUCAACAUCUUCUAGCCCGUUUCAGCAGAGCCAACAAAGGAGCCUGGGUGGCCAAUAUUCGGACCGGACACACGAUCUCGAUCGAGAAAAAGACCGUACGGCCUGGUGGCAGACUUCUGGUGGUAUGCCUGAUUGGGCAUCUGUGCUUUUAGAUGACGAGUCAUUGUCGCCUGUCCAUCUCGAAGCUCUGGGCAGUAGACCUGAUCCAUCGCCCGGACCCUAUUCUAGUGAUAGGUCUCGAACCUCUAUUUUAUCAUGUGGUUCGGAGCUAAUGUCUAACGCGCCAAUUCGGCCCAAUGAUCACCCACAGCCUGAACAUUGUAUAUUUAUAGGGGAGGGAGUUGGGGAUGAGGCAGAAGAGGAAGUUUUAAUCUCGUCUCCAGCUGCAGGCUUAGACUUGGGUCCCGUCGACUUAGACUUCGACUCCAUCUCGACGACACUAAAUGGACUGGUGGAAGCCAGUGGUCCGAUUCCACUUGAUAUAGAUUUUUCCCUAACUUCUACUUUGCCCGUUCUCACAACUAGCAACACACCAAUCCAUAUGCCCACGAAUACAAUGCAUGAUAGCUCGAGCCUCGCCAUGGCUAAGAGUCAGCCAAACAUUUCUACAGGCCAAACUGCGAACGAGUUUUGCGCUACUAAUCUUUCUCUGGCGCUGGCAGACAGAAAAGCUAUCCAUGAUCAGUUAAAUCGUCAAGUAAUGACGCUGCCUGAACUGCUUUUGCUGUCCGGUGACACUGAUGGCGCUGUUGAGAGUACUGAUGGCGAGGAUGUAAGGAUAGAGAGGGAUGAGUAUGCGGAGCAUGAUGACAGGGCAGGACAACUAGACAGCUUAUCUUCCAGUCUUAAUGGUCGAUUUAGCUCAUCGCUCACUUCACCCGAUUGGAAUGCCGUCUAUGCCAGCUUGCCGGACUCUGGCAGCGGCGAUAGCCUUACCAAUGGUGGUGGAUGCACUGGAAGGGACCAUAUUUAUUGUCCUUCUUCAGUCAAUGAUGACCUUUUCUCAGAAGCCGUUGUUGUUAACCGAAUAGCAAGCUCCGGCGCUCCGACGAUAGGCCAAACUGAGAAGGAAGAGGGCUUGAUGACUCCUAGAUAUGUCCCCGCUGGGGGUGUGCCCUCGGUGACCAACCAUGUCACGAUCGUUCCCGCAUACUUUGAUGGAGCAGAUGCCAAUGAAUGGUUACCACCAGAGCCUAACCUUUCUGACCGCCUUGUUUCUUCUCCGUCCCAUAUCGCUUCUACUGAGGCCUUAGCCUCUCCUUUUCAUCUAACUCAUUACCCUCAUGCUCAGCAUCAGCUCCACUUUUCUCGUAGCCAGCCUCGCCAAAAAUCAAUUCAUCAGCAAAGGGAUUCAGAUCUUUCAUGUAUCGGCCUCAAUGGCAUCCUCAUGACGAACCUCAUUAAUUCACAAAUUCCACAAGAUUGUCCUGCUAGUAGGGAGCAAGGCAACCGUUAA